AUGACCUCGGAGGAGCGCGCUCAGGGCACCAAGAAAGACAAGGUGGAGGGGGAAAGGCGCUUUGGUGUACUUCUCUCCUCCUCCAAACAUGUUAACGCCAGGGCCCCAGGGGGCCUGGGAUCAGACAUGGAACCCGGACCCAGUACCCUGGAUAGCAGGACCCAAGUGACUGAACAGCAGCCCAGCAGGCCUAGAGGUGGGCAGGAGGAUCAUAACACCAACCGGGCUGCAGAUGCCAUCAACGCAAACGCUGCCCAGGGAAGGCCAAUCAACAGAUCCUCAUCCCCAGCCCAAAAUAACAUCGUGGGCCGCAGAAUUUCUCACGAGUGGAAGGAAGACAAUGGGCGCAUCACCCAUUGGAAGGGAACUGUUCUGGAUCAGAUUUCUAUAAAACCCUCUCUCUAUCUGGUAAAAUAUGAUGGUGUUGACUGUGUCUAUGGGUUGGAACUUCAUAGAGACAAGAGGGUAAUUUCCCUUAAACUUCUCUCUGACAAGGUAGACACAUCCCAAGUCCCUGAUCCCAUCCUUGCUGAUACAAUCAUUGGCAAAGCAGUGGAGCACAUGUUUGAGGGGGAGCAUGGCUGUAAGGACGAAUGGAGGGGGAUGGUCCUGGCCCAAGCGCCUAUCUUAAAGUCCUGGUUUUAUAUUACCUAUGAAAAAGACCCAAUCUUAUACAUGUACCAGCUUUUGGAUGAUUUUAAAGAGGGAGACCUCCGUAUCAUACCAGAGAUCAAUGAGGUUCCUCCACCAGACUUGGACCUGGAACUUAUGGAUGGUCUUAUAGGUAAACACGUGGAGUAUGCCAAAGAGGAUGGCUCCAAAAGAGUUGGCAUGGUGAUUCACCAAGUUGAAGCCAGGCCCUCUGUAUAUUUCAUAAAAUUUGAGGAUGAUUUCCACAUCUAUGUCUAUGACCUCGUGAAAAAGAUGUGA